CUCAUCUAUGGUAGAAUCGACGGGUCGUUGAUGUAAGCGAAGUUGAUGGUUAUUCGUAGCUGAGCGUGGUGGAACAGUUACUGUUGCACGAAUACGUGCGAGCGUGAACGGUGAUGCUGAGGUGUAUUGUUUAAAGAAAAGGGGUCGUCAGUCGCGUCAUUUUCGAUAUCAUUUCCUCCAUUGAUCGCGCAAUUUUCCAGCCUUGUAUGCCACGAUGUCUCUCAGUCACAGCACCGUGCUGAAAUUAUACAAUACUGUGAUAGAAGAUGUAAUAUCUGGUGUACGAGAGUCUUUCAUAGACGAGGGUGUAGAUGAGCAAGUUCUACAGGAGCUUAAACAGAUAUGGGAAACAAAGUUACUAUCUUGUAAGGCUGUGGAGAUGAAUCCAGAUCCACCAGAAUCACAAGUUCCUCAACUUAAUCCGCUCAAAGCAAUAAGUAUCAAUAAAGCUUCUAUAGGAAAUCAUUAUAUACAAACCGGAAACACAGUACCGACGCAACAACAACCACAACCAAAACCGCAACAACCGCAGCAACAGCAGCCUCAGCAGCAGCAAACACAGCAACAACCUCCUCAGCAGCCACAACAGCAACAAGCACAGCAACAACGACCUACACCUCAGCAACACACACUUCCUACAGCAGGGACAACAACAUUGCAACAGCACUCAUCAGCGCCAGUGCAACAAGUGGUGACUGCUCCUGCCGCUGUACUCGACCGACAAGUGCCCAUCCAGAUCACCUUGCCGCCUCAAACUGGUGUUCCAGACGCUCCACAACGGAUCUUAACUAUACAAGUUCCUGCAUCUGCUAUUCAAGAGAAUCAAUUACACACAAUUUUAACUGGUCCGGUAAUCUCCGCCGCUAUGGGUCUUCCAGCAAAUUUAGCUUCUACUUUAUUGCAACAACAUGUAAAUGCUACGCUACAGGGACAAGCUACGUUAACGCCAUUGCAAGUGAAUCAACCUAUUCAAGUAGUUACGCAAAGUACAAAUAAUAUUGUCACGCAGAGGCCAAUGCAGAACCAGCAGCAAAAUAAUAUAGCUCAGCUUGAUGGAGCGGCGGGCGACUCUUCCGACGAUGACGACGAAGAGGAAGAAGAAGAUAAUGAUGAUGACGAUGAGGAUCUUGACGAUAAAGAGGAGGAAGAAAAUGAUGAGGCGGCGGCUCGUGAAGAGGAACCCCUUAAUUCCGAAGAUGAUGUUACCGAUGAUGAUCCUGCGGAUCUUUUUGAUACCGACAAUGUAGUUGUAUGUCAAUAUGAUAAGAUUACAAGGAGUAGAAACAAAUGGAAGUUUUAUCUCAAGGACGGUAUAAUGAAUCUAAGUGGGAAAGAUUAUGUGUUUCAAAAGGCAAACGGAGACGCUGAAUGGUAAUUUUGAGAUGUGAUGUGAAUAUCGUGUCGCUAGUUCGAGUAAGCUCGACUAAAGGAUGCUACGUGUAAAAGCAACUUGAUCAUGUGUUCACGUGAAAUCGCAUUUCAUGAUUAUUAUUAUGGAAUGUGCCGGACAUGAUUCUACUAAUUAUGUGACAAUGUUACAUUCGUAAUACCAAUGCAGGGGAAAACGGUAAAAAAUUAUAGUUAUAUUUACACGUUUUAUGUUGUUCUCAUUCCCUCUAUAGACGAUGUGGCUCUUCAAAAAUAUCUCAGUAGGAGAUUCACGAAUUCUCGACUUUAUUAAAACUGAGUAUACUGUAGAAGAAAAAAAAUCUUAUUUUAUUCACUUCUUUCAUGUCCUUAAAAUUAGAUUGCAUUAUUGAUAUUCUUAAUUGAAUACUUCCGUUAGAUAUUUUCCAAUACUUUUAUUAAGCUUCUUGCUAAGAGAAAAGCAGCAACAAGUUUAAGUAAAGCAGUAUAAAUUUAUAUGUAAGCAUAUAUAAAUUAUAAUAGCUUCAAUUUUGUUACAAUAUGUAAAUGUUAUGUUGGGGAAACAUGCUGUUUAUAGUAUGUUAUUGUACAGUCAAAUUGACUAUAGAGGGUUGGUACGUUCUCUUUUGUGCAAAUGCAGAUUAUACAUGUAUGCUGUCCAAGUUACAAGAAAGUCUCCCACUGUUACAUUAGUCGUAUAUUCGUCGUGCAUUAUUAUAACACGUUCAUGAAGGUCGCGAUCCUUAGAAGAUAGUCACGACGAAUGUAAGCUUCCCCCGGCAGAUGAACAAAUUUUAAUAAAAAAGAAAUGCGUAAUGCGUUUACCGAACAUUCAUAUCGAUUAGUAGCUCUGAUUGUGUCGAGAACCGCUACAUCAUUGACGAUGAUGUCGAAGAUUAUAUCCUAUAUAUAUAUAUUUUUUUUUUGAAAUCCUCGAUUAUGAACUUUUUCACAUGAAGUAGUGUAAAUAGUUUUAAGGGAUUGCAAAUUACGGCACAUAUGUGACGCUUCGGGAAAGAAAACGUGUCUUAUGCUGUUGCGAGUAUUAACAAACUCGUUUGUCAUCGAAAGAUGAAGAAUGACGGUUUGGAAUUUAGGAAGUUGAUAUCGUGUUUUACUCAGGAGAUUUGAUUCGUUCGGAGAGCGAUCAACAAAAGAAAUCAAUUGUUAUGAAUAACUUGAAAUAUAUUUUGUUUCUCUGUAAAUAGCUGUUUUAAACACUUAAAAAAAUCACCAUUCCAAAUUUAAUUUCCGGUUCUUCAUCAAAAAUAUCAAUAAGGAGAUGUAUAUAAUAAUCAUAUUCGAAACUAACAUGAAUUCAUAAACAUCAAAUUUACUUGAACAUCAAACUAAUCCAAGCUGCUUCGGUUAAAUACAUCGUAAGACUCGUCAGCUAGUAAAUUUUAUGUUGCAUGCGCCGUAAAACGUUUAAGUCUAUGCUGCGUAUGUUGACAAAGAUUUAUCCUUAAAUUAUAAUUUAUAAGAGAAGAUGCAACAUUUGUAGAAUCCUCUUGUUUUCUUGCGUCGUUGAAAUUAAUUGUUUAAGUUAAUAUCAUUCUUUAAUUGGAGAACGACGAUAUAAACAACUUCUCUGUUAGAAGGGUAUAAUAUAUAAUUAGGUUAUGAAUUGCAAUGCAAUUAUGAAUAUUAUGAAACAAUAUGACAGUUGCGUUACUUUACAAGUAUACUUUAGAUAUCGAUACAUUUCGAAAUCUAGAUUAUACAUUUUAAACAGAAAGGCAUAUAUAUUUUUCGUUGUUCACACUGUCGUUUAUACCGUCAAUCAGCCAAUUAUAAGUCUCUAAUUUCCUAAAGUUACCAAAAA